GAGAAGAAUCCAGAGAUGACAAUCUCAUUGGUCCAAAAUUCUCCAACUAAGCCUUACCUUCUAAUAUUCCAAAUCCUAGUCACAAUUCAACACUCAAAAGAAGUUUCCACUUCAGGUUCUCAUCUAGCAAGAAAUCUUUCAGGUUCUCAUCAAAUGGCAGCAACAAUAGCAACAAUGGCCAUGGUUAAUGCAAAGUGCCUUAACACAAACUCACCCAAGUUUCCAAAGCCCACAUCUUCUUCUUCAAGGCCUGCUUUUUCCCUCCUUUCCCUUGAGAACCUCCCAAAGGGACUUGCCAACACAAAAAGCUCCAAUCCCGUCAACCUUUCAACUUCCAUGGCAGGAACUGCCAUAGCUGGUGCUAUCUUCUCCACCCUUGGAGCCUCCGACGCCGCCUUCGCGGCACAGCAAAUCGCCGACAUAGCAGACGGCGACAACCGUGGGCUUGCACUGUUGCUGCCCAUAAUUCCGGCAAUUGCAUGGGUUCUUUUCAACAUCCUGCAGCCAGCACUUAACCAGCUGAACCGCAUGAGGAGCAGCAAAGGGGUCAUUGUUGGGCUUGGGCUUGGGCUUGGUGGGCUUUCAGCAUCAGGGAUUUUGUGGACACCCGAGGCAUCAGCGGCAGUUAGUAAUGCUGCUGAUGCUGCGAGUGACAACAGGGGUCAGCUUCUGCUGUUUGUUGUGGCACCUGCAAUUCUUUGGGUUCUUUACAAUAUCUUGCAGCCUGCUUUGAACCAACUCAACAGGAUGAGAUCUCAGUGACUCUCACCUUUUUUGUUCAUGCUUCAUCGAAUGCUUUAUUGUAUCAACUCGCUUGUAACUUUGUAUGUAAUCACUGGAUGAAUGGAUGCUGCAUAUUAUCAAACUUUUCUUUUCUUUCCA